AAGCCAGCGCAGCUCCAGCGCUCGUCCUUGAGCCGCUGAAAGACUCGGGCGCCGCCGAGCGAAACGGCGAGAGCGCGCUGGGACUCUUUGCAGGGCACCGGGCGCCACGGAAGGGAAGGGAAGGAAGGAAAGGAAAGGAAGCAAAGGAAGGGAGCAAAGGAAGGAAGGAAGGAAAGGAAAGGAAGCAAGGAAGCAAGCAAAGGAAGGAAGGAAGGAAGGAAGGAAGGAAGGAAGGAAGGAAGGAAGGAAGGAAGGAAGGAAGGAAGGAAGGAAAGGAAGCAAGCAAGCAAGCGAAGGAAGGAAGGAAGCAAGGAAGGAAGCAAGCAAAGGAAGGAAGGAAGGAAGGAAGGAAGGAAGGAAGGAAGAUAGAUAGAUAGAUAGAUAGAUAGAUAGAUAGAUAGAUAGAUAGAUAGAUAGAUAGAUAGAUAGGUCUGGCCGGGACCCCAGUCCUGGCGCUCAGCCGCGCCUCGACGGAGGCAGAGAAGUCGGAGGGGCGGUGGUCGGACGGGCUCUGCCCCCUCAGCCAAGAAAAGCUGAGCGGGACCCUGGAAGAGGUGGAGGAUUGGCCCCUCAAAUCCCGCGCUCUCUCCGGCUUAAGCCCUGAUACCUUGCUUCCCAUCGUCGUCGGACGGUUCCAGAAAACCGAAGUCGGUCCAGGAUGAAGGCGAGAAGGCUGCGGAAGGCGCAACCGGCCGGGGAGCCGCAGCGGGUGGGAAAUCGGGCUCCCCACCUCCUUCCAGCCGGAGGAAAGCCAUGGAGAUCUCCAGAGCAUCGGGAGGCUUCCCGGUGAGUCUUUCCCUCGAGAAGUCUUGGGCGGGUUGGAUCCUGAGCGAGGUUGUCUUCUCCUUCCCGGGGUCUGAGAUGCAGCUGGGAGACUCCGAGCCGGGCGGGACCUCGUCCCUGACCGAGGGUCCUCCGACGACCCAGAGGAUGAGUUCUGAAGCAGCCGCUGCCCUCCUCCCCGCUGGACCUCCAGCAGCCGUCCAGUCCAGGAUGGAGAACUUCAGGAAGGUGAAGACUUCCGAGCAAGGCAGCCCCUUGCCUUUCUCCGACUUGCCGCCGCACGUGGUGGAGAUGAAGGUGAAGGAAGGCAGCAAAAUCCGCAACUUGAUGGGCUUCGCCAUGGCCAGGAUGGAGAAAGAGGAGAUCCGCCAGAUUGUCUUCAGCGGCUGCGGGCGGGCGGUGACCAAAACCAUCACCUGCGUGGAGAUCAUGAAGAGGAAGUUGGGAGGUCUCCACCAGGUCACCAAGCUCCAAUACCGGACCUUGGUGGAAGUGUGGGAGAACCAAGGACCCAGGUCGGAAGGACCUCCCGAACACCUCACUGUCCACAAGAACGUGCCCUCCAUCUAUAUCCUCUUGUCCAAGGACUUGGUGGACCCCAACCAAAUGGGCUACCAAGCUCCCAGCCCUCCUGGCAACCUCUGGGCUGAGAGCAGGAUCUCCCCGAAGGCGAUCAAGAGAAGGUUGCUUGGGCCCCACGAAGAGGACUAGCCCAACCAACCAGACAGCCCCCAAACCAAGAACUCUGGGGGGACAUGACUUGGGGAUUUUGAUUUGGUGGUUGUAGUACACUCGUGUGUCCCUUCAGCCUUUGGGAAGUGUGAAAAAAAAUAAUAAUCCAAGCCAUAUGCCAGCCUUACCAGGACAACCGGUUGAGUUUGCAAUUUGCAUUGAGAGACGCUUUGCAAAGAAAAGGUGGGUUGGUUGCGGUAGAGUUGAUGAUGUCACUUGUGCUUAACCACUUUAGCUUGCAUUGAACUCACAUGCAGAUUAACUGAGUUGGAAGGGACCUUGGAGGUUUUCCAGCCCAAUCCGCCUUUUUGGAAAAAGGCAACUUUGAGACAACCUUAACUUAGAUGAUUGACACCGUAGACACCAGGUGUACGUGUUUACUAGGUAUUUAGUAAUGGAAGUGUCCAGGGGUGCUAUUCAGCAGGUUCUGGAGAACCGGUAGCGGAAAUUUUGAGCAGUUCGGAGAACCGGCAAAUACCACCUCUGGCUGGCCCCAGAGUGGGGUGGGAAUGGAGAUUUUGCAGUAUCCUUCCCCUGGAGUGUGGUGGGAAUGGAGAUUUUGCAGUAUCCUCCCCCUGGAGUGUGGAGGGAAUGGGGAUUUUGCAGUAUCCUUCCCCUGGAGUGGGGUGGGAAUGGAGAUUUUGCAGUAUCCUUCCCCUGGAGUGGGGUGGGAAUGGAGAUUUUGCAGUAUCCUUCCCCUGGAGUGGGGUGGGAAUGGAGAUUUUGCAGUAUCCUUCCCAUGGAGUGGGGUGGGAAUGGAGAUUUUGCAGUAUCCUUCCCCUGCAGUGGGGUGGGAAUGGAGAUUUUGCAAAAUCCUUCCACUGCCAUACUCACCAAGCCACGCCCACCAAGCCACGCCCACAGAACCGGUAAUAAAAAAAAUUUGGAUUUCACCACUGGCUUGAGCCCAACUGUUAUGUUUCCCCCCCAGUGUUGACUUGGUGGUCUGAGUGAUUUAGAAGCACAUGGGACUUUGAUUUGGUUGGUGAAGAAAGUUAGGUUUAGGUGGACCUUGGAUGUGAGAUCGAAUUGAGAUGAAGGGCGGGAAGGUGGGCGGUGGGUGGGAAGAAACUAUCUUUUGUAGAUGCCCCCCAGCAGAAUGACAGACCAACUACAGAAGGAAGCCCUGGAGUCACCGGAUGCUCAAGAGCCAUAGGUAGCACAUCUCCUAAGAGCUAAUGCAAAAGGAGCUUAUGUUAAUCGCACAGCUGUAAGAGGAGAAAACAUUUUGCAAGAAUACCUGAAAAUACGUUGCUUUUUUGUUCCAAUGGAGAGUUGCAUGAACACAUUGUACUUGAUGCAAUACAAUAUAUUGAACACAAAUACAA